CUUUAGUUGGUGUGUGGCAACAACAACUACGAGUGCUACAGUUGGAGCCCAACAGGAAGGGGGGCAUACAUGGUUGGAUGGAUGGACGGAUGAUAAAACAAAUCUAAAUCAAAGUGUAACCAGACGCGGCUCUACAGAGCCGCCUUCCUUCGGUGUGUGGCAGUCACCUCUGAUGCGUACCACAGAGCGGUGCGGUCAGUGCGGUACACCUUCAAGAAAUUCGCGUCCAUUUAUCGAUUGAUCGGUAGUGCCCUGUUUUUGUUCGAGUGUCCAAUAGUUGUGUGAGGUUCUUUGACAAAAUGCAUGUAGAGGAGCUGCGCGCCAGCCUACAGAGCUUUGGCUGGCCGGACUAUCUGGUCUUUUGCAUGAUGCUGGCCAUCUGCGCCGUGAUUGGGGUCUACUUCUGCCUGCAGCUGCGUCGAGAGUCCCGCAAGCAGCGGGCCCACGGUGGCGCCGAGGAGGCGGCCAACAGUGCAGCCUCCUAUCUGGUGGGCGGCAGGCAGAUGAAGAUAUUUCCCAUCACCAUGUCUCUGAUAUCGAGCUUCAUCUCCGGCAUCACUCUGCUGGGCACUCCCACGGAGGUGUAUCUGUAUGGUGCCCAGUACAUGUACAUCAUGGGCUCACUAGUACUGAUGGGUUUCUGCAUGUACUAUUUAUUCCUGCCGGUCUUCCAUGAACUCAAUCUGAUAUCCACGUAUAAGUACCUGGAACAGCGCUACAAUCGGAGUCUUCGUCUCUUUGGCUCCGUCAUGUUCAUUGUUGCUUCGCUCCUUUGGCUGCCGAUUGUGAUCUAUGUCCCGGCUAUAGCCUUCAACCAGGCCACCGGGGUGAACAUCCACAUAGUAACGCCCAUUGUUUGUGUGGUCUGCAUCUUUUACACCUGCAUCGGAGGCCUUAAGGCCGUUGUCUGGACGGAUGUCAUUCAAACCAUCAUCAUGUUCGGCGCUAUGGCUCUGGUGCUCAUCAAAGGCACCCUGGACAUCGGGGGACCGAGCGUCGUCUGGCAGAGGGCCCAGGAGACGGCACGCCUAGAGAGGCCCAACUUCACGCCGGACAUCACCGAGCGGUAUACCUUCUACUCCCUGGUCCUCGGCGGCGUAGCCCAUUGGCUCAAGUCGAACGCGAUCAGCCAGAACAUGAUCCAGCGCUACCUCUCGCUGCCAACCCUUAAAGAUGCCCGCAUCGCCAUCUGGACCUUCAUUGCCGGGGUGCUGGCCUUCCUCAUGAUCUGCGGCUACACGGGUCUCCUGAUCUACGCCACCUACGCCCAGUGCGAUCCCCUGGAGACGAAGUUGGCCAAGCGCAACGACCAGCUCCUGCCUUUGCUUGUAAUGGAGACCCUAGGCUCGUAUCCGGGUCUGCCCGGUGUAUUUGUGGCCGGAGUUUUUAGUGCGGCCCUCUCCUCGCUCUCUACGGGACUCAACUCCCUCUCGGCCGUCGUUCUGGAGGACUUCGUGAAGACCUUCAGGAGUCAGCCUCUCACUGAGGGACAGACGGCCUUCGUGAUGCGCAGCGUCGUCGUCGUCUUUGGCAUCGUCUUCGUUGCGUUGGUCUUAGUAGUGGAGAAGCUGGGCGCUGUCUUGCAGCUGACCAUCACACUCUCCUCGGUAGCCAAUGGCCCGCUCCUGGGCAUCUUCACGGCCGGAGUCAUGCUGCCUUGGGUGAACUCCAAGGGAGCCCUACUCGGAGGCUUCAGUUCGCUGGUGGUCAUGGCCUGGAUGUGUGUGAGCGCCCAGCGAGAGCUGGUCACGGGGAAUCUGGUGUACCAGCGGAAGCCCUACUCCACGAUUGGCUGCAACUACACCUUUGCCGGCGAGCCGCGCAAUUUUGCCAGUCUGCCGCUCGACGGUGCCUUCAGUCAUGAGGCCUCCAGUGGACCCUUCCAGCUAUAUCGCAUCUCGUAUCUCUACUUCACCCUCUUUGGGGCACUGUUGACUAUCGUGGUGGCCCUCGUCACCAGUCUGCUGCUGCGGGAAACGGACCUGGACGCUGUGGACGCGCGGCUGCUUACGCCCUUCGUCCGCCGCUGGCUGGAGCGACGUCGCCACAAGCAGUCACAGAUCCCCUCCAGGACGCCAGAUGGACUCGGACUCAAGCACAAGGCCACACAGGAGACGGCAACGUGAAGCGAAUGGUGAAUGGGUGGAUGGGUGGAUGGAUGGAUGGAUGGUGGCUGACCAGCGGGUGGAUGAAUGUUCCUUCGGUAGCUUAGCAAAUAUUUAAAA